UGUUCUUCCCCUCUGUUGAGGUUUUAGCUUUCAUUUCUACAGUGUAGAUCCUGUGGAUCUGAGCCUGAUUAUUCAUUUGUAGUGUAGAUCACUACAAGUGGUAUCAGAGACGGUCUUUCCUUGGAUUGAUCAUGGCUAAUGGUAAGGAUUUAGCUGAGCAAUUGGCUAUUGUUCUUCAUGUUCAAGAAGUAAUUGCAAAGGUAUUAAAAAAUAAACCAUCUCAUCUGAUUCUAGCCAAGUGCAAGAUUGCCAAAGCUGGAGUUAAUGAUUUUUUUAAAAAGAAUUUCGUCAAAUUGAGCGAGGACGGUUUCGAACAGGUAUUAUUAACCCUAGAUCACAGACUAUUUAUGACUAACUGUACUUCCAGUAUUGUGAAUUCUUCUCGUAGCUUAUUCGAUCGUGGAAAAUACAAAUUGAAGUUUGAUUCUAAAUUAAGGUUUCCUUAUUGCAUGGGUUUUGAAUUUUUGGAUAAAUUGUUUAUGGAAAUUAUUCAGAAGCUUGUUUAUCAAAGUGGGUAUCAAUCGAAUGGGUUUUCUGGUGAUUCAAUUGCUUGUAUGCUAGCGAAUGAUGGUUUUAUUACUAUUGCUUGGUAUAUGUUUGAUAAAAAGCUUGAGUGCGAAGUUAUGAGAAGGUUAUUUGAUCGAAGAAAGCAGUUUGAAGCUAUUAGCAGGUUAUAUUUCUUCAUACUCCUAACUCAAUUUCAAUUUACUUCUGCAUGUGAUACUUCAUCUAGUGUUUUGUAUACUCGACUGAUAUUUGAUCGAGGAAGAGAUUUUGCCGGGUCUUUUUUAAUAGAUAGAUACACCGAUGAAUUUGUGUCGAAUUUUGUUCAUUGGUGCCAGCUAGAAUUUUUGCUGGUGAAUUCAAAUGUGAUUUUAGUUGUUAAGGAAGUUGACUGUUGUUAUUGUAGAAAACUGUUUAUGAAAAUGUCACAGAGAGGUGGUAUCACUAGUCAUGGUUAUGGUAGAAGGUUGUUCGAUCAUGGUAAAGAUUUGGACGUGCUUAAAAGUGGAAAUUAUAUAUACAAGCUAAUUCUGGAAUUUGGAUACUGCCUUGAACUGUUAUGUAUGUAUCCAGAGGUAUUUUUCUUUGUUAACCAAGGUGAUAGUUGUGUUACUCGCAAAUGGUGUGACAAAAUAUUUCAGCAAGGUAAAUUGGCUGGGAGUGUAGAGUGGAGAUUGAGUAGUGGGGAUUUAUCUGAUGCCGCGGAAGUCAUCUUUGGAGAAUCAUUGAAUUUUUAUGUUGGUGUACAUGAACAUAGACAUGGCUCACGCACUAUUUUGCCGGCUUUGAAAAAUAUACCCCAGUUUCUUUUACAAACUAUUUUACUGACUUUUAUCAUUGUUAAAAGAUUUGUUUAUCCUUUGCGCCAGAAUUUUCCAAGUCAUUCACAUGAGAUCUAUAACACCCUUCAAGAUAAAGAAGUGAGUAAUCAGGCAAUUCAGUAUGCCGCUUGGGUUGUGUUUCUUUCCUAUACAUAUUUUCUGGCAAGUUAUAGUCAUUGGCUUGGAGUUCAUAGUGGAUCAGAAUGCUUUGGAAAGAUCCGAGUAGAUAGAGCUGCUGAAGAUAAUGUUUUAAUGGAAGUUAAGCAUCCCAAUUGGAGUUGUCUGUCCACAUCUGACCUUGAAAAGUAUCUUAAUUCUUGUUGCAACCAUGUGGUGGGUGUAAUCACUUCUCAUUCCACUCGCUAGUUACUUCCUUUAAACCGUUAUAUGUGUGGUUGGGUGUAUGAAGCAACAAUAAGUUACAGUUGGACAAGAUUUCUUGCCAAGUUAGUGGGAAUUCAGGUCUUAGUCAUGGUAAUUCGGAUUCUACAUGUGCUAAUGUUGGUAGAUUUCUUGAGGUGGAAAUUCAAAUUGCUUCCAACCAGUUUAAGGAGUAUGAGAAAUUGUCGUGGGUUACAAUGGGUUGUCAUGGUGUUACUUGGAUUACCUAGCUCUACAAUUUGUGGUUGUGGUAAUACAUGGAGUUUCAAUUGGGUUGAGAAUCAUGGCCAACGGCUUAAGGAUUGCUUAUAUGCAAAGAACAACGCAAACAAAGAACAAACUAUGUGUUAUUAUUGCUGUGAAGUUUUUAAUCUCGGAACGAAAUGUAUACGACGACAUCCAUUCAAUACUUCACAUAUCUUCUGUCAUGGGUUCUGUCAAAUGCUUCUUAGUAAUGUUGUUAAUCACCUGUUGGAGUCAUGUGUUGAUGGAAAUGUGUGUUGCACUGAACAUGGGGAUGCUACACAAAUUAUUUUAAUGGAAGGUACAAGUCUAAGAGUGCUCCCUCUGCAAAUUUUGUAUGUUCAUCUUUCGAGAUUAGAUUGUCCAGUACCUUCACAGAUGUUCUAUAAAACCAUUCCAGUUCAAGUUCGAGAAGAGCGUAUUGAGAUGGCGAAUCACUUAUCUAUUGAGUUAUUAUUGCUCUCUGGAUUUCGAUCUAAGGUUCAACUGUGUCCAGAUCUAUACAUUCUUGCUGCUAUCUCGUAAGGAGUUUGCAUGGAGAAUGGGAAUGCAGAACAGGGUCAAAGAAGCUGAAUGAAACGAGCAGGACCUCUUAUCAGAGAUCAGUUAAAGUUGAUAUGGUUCGGUAGUGUUGUGGAAAGCUGGAUUAUGCCAGGGUUUGCUUCAGGUCAUGGGUGGCAACAAUUAUUCUUAACUGUAGGAAGAAAGAGCCUGGAUAAGUACGUUGUGGUGGCAGCUGAGUGUUUUAUUGGAAUUACCGAACAUAUCUUGAAGCAACUAAAGAUCUCUAUGUAUAAUCAUGUAACUAAACAGGGGAAAGAAGGGACUGUUAACUCCAUGUUAACAAAUCAAUUUCAGAACUUCUCAACUACCCUUUCUACCACAGCUCCUAAUACAGUUAGAAUACUUAUGAGCAGAGUUAUUAUGCACAAUAUCGAGAUCUGCUGGGGAUGUGCUACUUACUAUAUUUUCCUCGUGCAAGUCUGGGUCAUUGCAAUGUUGCAAAUGGGUCUGGCUGGAGAUGUCGUCGUUUUCGCCAUUGACGUGAUGAAGAACCAUAGAUAUAUGAAAAAUGGCUUCAAGCUGUUGAAAACUCCACUCAUUGCGAAAGAUGAAAAACUUGAGUUACAUGUCAUCAUUUUUACUCCUCUCAGAAGAAUAGGCUUGUUGUGUUAACUGCGAGAAUCUGUUUGAAACUACAAGUCUUUAUGCAAGUCGGUUACAGGGAAGAAAUGAAGAAAAUUCAUGCUCAUGCCUCAACUGGUGGUGGGAAAAGAUUACUUAUACUCAAGGGUGUUAUAUCCAAUAGCAGUGCUGUCUUGAAGUUUAAGCAUAUUCACAUCUCUUACUAUUUUCUGGUGCUGCAGCAACUUUGCUUUCCGCUAGCUGAUCUUACCUAACAUCUUUUACAAAGGAUUUCACUUCAAAUCUACAUCCUCGAGGACAAGUAUGUUUUGGAGUGGGUAUUGUCAUGUCCCAUGUCUUGUUGGGCACCCAUGUUAUAAGGGCACCCGGGGUGUAAUUAGUAAUUAGUCAGUGAGAGUGUGUUUGGCACGUGUAUUGGGACACUGCCGUAAUAUGGAAUGAGUCUGUAAUUCCCCUUUGAGAUUAUCGAAUACAAUUUGUUUGUUGUUCUUCCCCUC